AUGGUGUCUCCCGGACUUGUGAGCAUCCUGGUGCUUUCUACCCUUCUAGUGACUGUCCAGGGGCCAAGUCUGAGUGAAUGGCUCUUUCCCAGGAGAUGCCCCAGAAUCCGAGAGAAAUGUAAAUUCAAAGAAAGAGAUGAAUGUAAAAAGGACAGACAAUGCCCGGAAAACAAGAAGUGUUGUGUCUUCAGUUGCGGAAAAAAAUGUUUAGACCUCCAACAAGAUGUAUGCAAGAUGCCAAAAGACUCUGGCCCCUGCAUGGCUUUUUUUCGUCGUUGGUGGUAUGAUAACCAUAAUGAUACCUGCUUCAGCUUCAUCUACGGCGGCUGUCAAGGAAACAGUAACAACUUCCAAACCAAAGACAUAUGCCAGAACAUGUGCCUCAAAAACCGACUGUGUCCCAGAUCGAGAACAAAAUGUGAAAUCCAAGAAAUAAAUCAGUGUACGAAGAGCAAACACUGCCCGGAGAGGAUGAAGUGUUGCAAGUUUAACUGUGCAAAGAAAUGUUUAAACCUUAAAGAAGUUCUCAGAGAAGAAGAAGUCAUUGGGUCUUCUAGUGAUGCCAAAAAGGGGAGAGAGGAGUAUGAAAAUCCUGCAGAUUGA